UUUAUCUCUAUAUAUUUAUAGGAUUUUCAUGAUUAUUGGAAUAGGCCUCAAUAAUGGGUUUGUUGAUGAGAGUGGCCUUUGUUUUACUCUUUGCCAAGUUUGGUCAAACUUUGUAUGAAGAUCAAAUUAAUAAGUACGAUUGGAAAAAAGAAUAUAUUGGAAAGAUUAAAGAUGUGGUUUAUGACAGUUCUUUAUCUAUCAGUAAAAAUUUGUAUGUUGCCACUGAGAAGAAUGUGAUUGCAAGUCUGAGUUCAAAAAAUGGUCAGUUAAAUUGGAGGCAAAUUUUGGAAGAUAAGAUUGAAAAAAUUGUGCAAUAUAAUGAUGGUGUUUUGACAGUCACAUCUAGUGGUAUUGUUCGCGUCUGGGAUCCAGCUACUGGACUCUUGAAGUGGGAUACAAAUAUUGCUUAUGAAUUGAAAGACAGCGGAGGUGAAAACUUUGAUUUCGUUGACUUUGCUUUGAUGGAAUUAACUUACACAGAAGGAAGUUUGAUUGUGAUUUUGUCAACAAAUGGACUUUACACUAUUCGGGUAAAGUCUGCUUCGAAGCUCAAAGUAAAUUUUGUUGAUUUAAAAGAUGUUCAGAGGAAUAGCAAAUUGUAUGUAGAUUCAGAACAAAAACACAUUUUAAUUCUGAAUGAGGGAUUGUCUGUCUCAGCUGCUUUUUAUGAUGCUACAACUUUAGAACCAGUGAGCCAGAAAAAUAUACAGACUGCCUGGCUUGAUGAUGCCAAAAACGUUGUGGUAUUGGAAGACAAUAUUCUUGUUUAUGCUAGUAAAAGCAUGGAGGCGUUUUACAUUAUCGAUUUACGAAAAGGAACUGAAAUUGCAACAGAGCCUUUUUCUGCUCUAGAUAUUUCAGAAGAAAUUUCUUCUCUGAACACUAUGAAAAGCAAAGAUGUUUUAUCCAUUGGAAAAGAUGUCUUUGCUAUUUCCAGAAGUGGUGAAGUUGUACAUUUACGAUUUAACGAUGACAAUUCUUUAAGUGUUGUCAAUCGUUUCCCAUCAUCCAAGGGUGCUGUUGAAUUUUGUCAAAUUGAUAUAAAAAGAGUUGGUAGUGAAAAAUACUAUUUUGUCUCCGUAGUAGAUGACAAAAAAUUAAAAGUACGGGGAUUUGACCUGAAAUCUAGUAAAGAAGAAAGUUCUCUUGUGACAGAAUAUCCACUAGCUCCCGAUAUUGGUGGUGUUGAAAAAGUUCAUGUCAAUAUGUAUCUUAAACGUACUUCUCCGGUUGGUUAUCGUGUUUUAUUCACCACAAGAGAUGACAGUGCUAUGAUGGUUACACAGCCAACAAGAUUAGCAUGGCAUAGAGAAGAAGCGCUUGCUAGCAUUGUGGCAGCUGAAAUGUUGGACCUGCCUCUUUCAGACAUAGAGGCUGGGAUUGAGGUGGAAUUUGAGCAAGCUGAAAAGCAUUCAAUUGUUGAAAUGUUUGUAAAUCGAAUUCGCGCACAAGCUGGUCAAGUAAGAUCAUUUGCAAAGCAAUUUACAAAAGCUAUUAAAGAGGGUACUUUGUUUGAAAAGAAAACUAAAGAUCCAUUAGUGCAAGAUGAGUCUAUGACAAGGGAUCCAUUCUCACUUCAUAAAAUGUUGGUCCUUGUGACAGAACCUGGUAAACUAUUUGGUAUUGACAGUUUGUCUGGGGAAAUCAUUUGGCGUCUUUUCAACUCAAAAAUGAGUGAUAAAAAUUUGAAAUUAUUCAUUCAAAGAACAACAGCGCAUUUCCCUAAUCCUCCUUCGGCUUUACUUUUUGCUAGUGAGAAAACUGGGUCUUCAAAUGCUGUAUCAAUAAUGAACUUUAAUCCCAUAACUGGAGAAGAGUCAAAAGGUCAAGGAAAGAUUUCAUUCAAUGGCAUAAUACAAGUCAUGUUGUUGCCGUUUCCCGACUCUGCUUAUCUUCGGCCUUUGUUACUGCUUGAUGAGAAUCGGAACAUUCAACUAAUUCCUGAUACAGCUGACGUUCGCAGCAAGUUGCACUCUGCUAAAAAUUCUGUGUUUCUAUACAGUGUUGACAAAGAAAGCGGAAAAAUCUCAGGUUACAGAUUUGGAAAUAGUGAAAAACUAAUGGAAAAAACUUGGUCUGUCAAUAUUCCAUCUGAUCAAAGUAUUGUUCUUGUAAAAGGAAAAGAGUUUUUCGAAAGAAUAGAUUCAAUGGGAAGACCGCUUGCUGAUCGCAGUGUUAUUUACAAAUAUCUCAAUCCAAAUCUUGUUGCAAUUUUUACUGUCUCUAUAGAUGAAUCAGAUCAAAAUUCUGCAGUCACUUUAUACCUGAUUGAUGCAGUGUCUGGACACAUGAUUCAUACUUUAGUGCAGAAAAAAUCAACUGGACCGAUUCACGCAGUUCAUUCUGAAAACUGGUUGAUAUAUUCAUACUGGAAUACAAAGGGUCGACGAACUGAGAUAGCAUCCAUUGAGCUUUAUGAAGGAAAACAACUUCGAAAUGACUCAUUUUUUUCAUCUUUUGACCAUCAGUAUUCUAAUCCACUAGUCAUAUCCCAAGCUUAUAUUGUCGGGGCCACAAUAAAGGCAAUGGGUGUAUCAAAAACAGAACGUGGAUUAACUACUCGUCAAAUAUUGAUAGGACUUGCUAGAGGUGGAAUUCUGGGUUUACCAAGACGAGUUUUUGAUCCACGACGCCCACUUCAAGCAGACCAGUCACACAGAGAGGAAGGUUUAAUGCCAUACGUGCCAGAUAUCCAAGUUCAUCCUGCAAUGCUGGUUAACUACAAUAAAACAAUACAUGGAAUAACAAACAUUUAUUCCUGUCCUUCAGCAUUGGAGUCAACAAGUAUAGUAUUGGUUACAGGACUUGAUCUUUUCUUCACUCGUACGCAACCCAGUAAAAUGUUUGAUGUUUUGAAAGAAGAUUUUGAAUAUGCAUUUAUCGCCGCUGUUGUAUUGGGAAUGUUUAUUGCUGCUCUUGUUACAAGAAAACUCGCACAAAAUAAGAAAUUGAAAAAGGCAUGGAAAUAAAUGUCAUGAGAAUGUGAAAGAGAUUAUGUUCUGGUACAAUUUGGCCGUCUGAAAUUGUUCACUGUUUCUUGAAAUGAUGCAAUUAGAAUUCCUACCGUUGAAGGAUGGUAGUUUGGUGCCGACCAGACUUAUCAUUGCAGUUGUGUAAUUAUUUAUUGUUUCACAAGAAACUGAUUAACAGAUUUUAUAUCAAUGGAAUUGAUAUGCAAUCAGUUAAGGUAUCUUGGAAAAUUUUCAUUUCCUAUAGCCAUGAUAGGUAUAAUAAGUAACUACCGGUAUGUUGCAACAUGGUCUGUUCCUCGAUCCAAUAGGGACAGAAGCUACAUUUAUACAAUUUGAUCUAGUUUUUCCCAUAAGAAUUUUGUGUGCCUGUGGAAAAAAAUGUGUUGCAAUCAUCACUAUUUAUUUCUGUGGAUAUUCUUAAAUGAUGUUUUUAUUCAUUUGCUCAAGGUGGAUGCCACUGCUGAAUUGAUUGCAUGAUAUUAGCAUGACACAUUAGUCCAUCAUAGUUUUGAGCCGUUAAUUGGUAAUGAUUCCGCAUCUAAUGUAAUUGUUUGUGCUAUAAUUAGGAAAUUGUCUGUUCAAUAUUGACGGAAAAAUAUAAAAGGAUGUCUCUAAUA